AUGAGUCACCCUACUGCUUUGUACGUCGACGCGGGCAUUCAGGCAUCUAAGUACUUCAAUGUCGGAAUGUUUGCUGUUUUAAUUUUUGACUACUUCAUUACCCUAGAGGCAGAGUCACAAUGGGUCUGGCACCGCAAAUGGACAUUUGUGCGAUUUAUAUUCACUGUAUCACGAUACUUGCCAUUUUUCGGCAUUGGGAUGACAUUCAUCGCUGCCCUUCGAACACAAUACUAUCCUGGUGAAAGCUGUGUUAGAUUCGGGCAAGCGUCAAACGUGUUGCAUAUCAUCUGCAUUCUAGCCGCAGAAGGCUUGCUAAUAACGAGGAUUUAUGCUUCCUGGAAGAGUAAACGUCUACUGACAUUCCUUUUGGUUUUUCCUGUCGUUUGUUUCGUGGUCUCUUACAUCUUAUCGGACACUACCUUAUUUUUUGAUUUCACGACCCCGAUACCGGAUCCGGCCAGCUGUCUUCUCUCGGGCUCGAGGAAUAAUGUCUUCGAGUACGCCGCUCUGUUACUCUAUGAACUAGUCCUCUUGUGCUUGAUGUUGUACAUCAGAUUCAGCAAGUACAGCAAUCCCAUCGGACCCCUCCAAGAAGCAUAUUUUAGCGACUCGCUGAGAUACGUGAUGUGCAUCAUGGCCAUGUCUUCGGUCAGCAUAAUUUUGACCAUGGUUCCUCCGAUCACGUGGGUUUCGAUCACAGACUCUCCGCAAGUCGUCAUCCACAGUGUCCUAGCCUCUCGGAUCCUUUUCAACCUACGAGCAAGUGAAAGACGAUCGCAAUUCCAUGCGACAUUGACGGAUGUAUCUGAGAUGCAAUUUGGAAGAGGCCGAUUUUCGACACCGGUAUUUGACGUUUAAUCAAGGUUAUGCACGCAGUGCGGGGCUGGUCUUACUGUGUGUGUAUUUCAUGUCACAUUCUAAUUGUACUUACGAAUUGCGAUGUCUGCUUGUCUACUCGGGCCCAUUACUAACGGCGUUUCUGAUUUAUUUACCCAAUUUUCAGAUUUGUAGUCGCUCA